AUGAAUUGUCCUAUUGUAUUUUAUAAACCUCCAUAAUCAAAAAUAGCAUAGGAUAAGAGUUCAAAUGUAAUUCUUGAUAGAUUUCCACAUUCAAGAAAAAAAUAAUUAAAAUCUAAGGCUAUUACAAGAAUUUAAGAGACUAUAGAGUAUGCUUUAGAGGCAGCAUUUGAUUAUGGAAUUAUUCAAGAAGAAGUGAAUGAAGAUUUCUUAACUAGAUGUGGUUAUAAAGAUAAGAAAUAGGGAUAAGUAAAUCCUAGUCAUAGUUCUUAGAUUGAGAGUGGAAAAUAAUAAAUGGAUUUAUUGAAACCUCCAAAAGUUUAUAAGAAGAUAUUUUUGUCAAGUGAAUAUAAUUAAUCAGAAUAUGCUUAAAAUGAAGAUGAGAAAUAAUUGGAAUAGAUUCAUAAAGAAUUUUUAACAUUUAAAAAGGAGGAAAUUGAAGGGAUUGAUAAAAAUGAAGAGUUGAUAUGUUAUAGAAAGAAAGAGAAUUUGAGUAACAUCCUUAACUGUUUAAAAGGGAAUAAAUACAAAUUAGAAAAUACUAGAAUAACUCGAAUGAAAACUUAUAAGUUUAAAUCAUUUCUCAAGUUUGGGGUUAAGUGA